AUGGAUGAACUAGGGAGGUCCCGCACCAUUGUCAUCAAGCUUGGGACGAGUUCUAUUAUUGAUGAGAAAACACACGAACCAAUUCUGUCCAUAUUAUCCGCACUCGUAGAAACCGUUGCGAAGCUUCGGAGCAAUGGGCAUCGAGUCAUUCUUGUAUCUUCUGGUGCCAUUGGCGUUGGAUUACGCAGAAUGGAUGUAAAUGAAAGACCUACCCACCUUCCAAGGGUGCAAGCUCUUGCUGCUGUUGGCCAAUGUAAACUCAUGGGCUUGUGGGAUAGUCUUUUUGUCCAUCUUCGAAUCCCCGUUGCUCAGAUACUUCUGACCAGAAGUGACAUUGCAGACCGCACGCAAUAUGUGAAUGCGCAAAAUACCUUUUCUGAGCUUUUAGACAUGGGGGUGAUCCCCAUCGUUAAUGAAAACGACACAUUGGCUGUAGCAGAAAUCAAAUUUGGCGAUAACGACACACUCUCUGCGAUUACAGCAGCCAUGGUCAAGGCGGAUUACCUCUUUUUAAUGACUGAUGUUGACUGCCUAUACACCUCGAAUCCGCGACAUAACCCCGAUGCUCAGCCCAUUGAGGUGGUUACCGAUAUAUCAACACUUGAUGCCGAUGUGUCAACAUCCGGUUCUUCCCUAGGUACUGGUGGAAUGGGCACAAAAAUUGUUGCUGCUCGUCUCGCCACUAGUGCUGGUGUAACAACGAUAAUUACCAAAAGCUCAAAGCCUGAAAAUGUCCAUGAGGUUUUGAAAUAUCUGGAAGAGAGCGGGGACAAUUUAGAGAUAAGUUCUGAGGACAUCAAAUCCGAUCCAGAUUUGUCUUCAUCAAUUACACCCCCUCCACUUCACACGAGGUUUCUUCCUUCAGCUACUCCAGUCCAAUCACGUUCGUUCUGGGUUUUACACGGCCUCACACCUCAUGGGAACCUUUACAUUGACCAAGGUGCCUUAGCUGCACUGCAGAACAAAGCAAGUCUUCUUCCUGCAGGUGUUCUCGCCGUCGAAGGCCACUUUGGACAACAGGAGGCAGUGCGUCUAUUCGUGGUUGAGAGACGGUCGGUAAAUGCAGUCAAUGGAGAUUUCAUAACUCAUGCCGAGGAGCCAAAGGAGGUUGGACGGGCGAUCGUGAAUUAUGGAAGCUUGGAAAUUAGCCUGAUCAAAGGUCUUCGCAGCACGCAUAUUCAUUCUGUACUUGGAUAUGCGGACAGUGAAUAUGUGGCUCUGCGUGAAAAUAUUUCAUUUUUCCAAAGAAGCGAGAGAUCCAGUGGCGCCGUCACUCCAGGUCCAUCCGAACUGAUGAAAUGA